AUCCCGAGUCCCUCUAACUCAAACUACAUACUCAUUGUGGACUCGCAGCUCAAAUGGCUCCAUCUAAGGCAGAGAGAGCGGAAAGAGAACAAAUUCUAUCAACUUUGAGCAAUAGACUAUUUUGCGACUUUCUUGAUGACUUUAUCAUGGACGUAGCCCUUGAAGCUCACGCCGAGGUAUCCAGGAGUCGCGCUCUCUGCGAGCACUGUGGAACACGGUGUAAUGGAGCUCAUGUCCCGGCCUCCCUCACCUCGCGAGCUCCGGCGUCUUCCUCUAGAGCAGAGACCCCUUCAGCAGCCGAAGGAGGUGCCAACACGCCCAAUAGCGCAAAGGGGUCAGACGGUACCGUUCACUUGGAAUGUGUAAACUGUCAGAGAAUGGUAGCCUCAAAUCGUUACGCGCCCCAUCUAAGCAACUGCAUGGGCCUGAAUAGCUCCAGAAGAGGCGCUGUGCGUGGAAGCACAAAGGCCAAACAGCCUUCCGACGCUGGAAGGUCUGGUUCUCCUGCCUCGGAGGCUGGGUACCCGUCUGAUGACGGAAAAUUGGCACAGAAAGGUAAAGGAAAAUCGAAGACAAAGCGUGCAGACGAAGCAGAAUUCAAUCUGAAGCGCAAGCGGCCACUUUCACCCCAAGUAUCCCCGAGCAAGAAGCAGAAACAAAAAGGAUCUUCGGUGUCUCGCGUAAAGUCUGACAUGGAUAGCGCGUCCCUGCUUCCAGCAACCAACUCACAGUCUAAGAUACCUUCAAAACUCCGCGACUCAUCGCUUGCCUCUUUUAACGAUAGAGAGACGUCUGGAUCAUCUCGAGAAUCCUCCCCUGACGCGUCAUUGUCAUCUACCCUCAGCUCUAAUUUCAUGAAUAAAGGCAUGGCUAAUCGUCCAAAACCUAUACCAUUGAAACAACCCAGUCCUCCGAGGCCGCCGCCACCUGUUCCUGCUUAUAUUGAAGGUUUGCGAUUCAGUAUUUACUUUCUUUGCUAUUGUUCACAGAUUUUUUGUGCCAGAUGACGAAGGAGAUGAGACUGGAUCGUCUACCGAUACUUCGGACAGUGGAUAGUUUUCAAAACCUACGUUUUCCUCUCGUCUCCUAAUUGACAUCCGACACUCAGUACGUGCUAUUGGAAGUGAGAGACUGCUAUGUAACCGUAUCAUGACAGGAAUAGGAUCAAGUACGCGGCUAGUUAUGUAACAAAACACAUCGCGAUUGUCAAAGCAA